AUGGCGGCAACAAGCGACGAAGCAAUGGAGUCGCUGCUUUCCAAUUUCAAUCAGAUAUUCGACGGUUAUCGGAGUGGAGUCUCCGAGUUCCAAUUACUGAAAUCAAACCUCAAUGCCGAGAUGAAAAAGCGAGAGUGUCUCGAAUUCAAUUUCAACAGCCUCAAAUCAGGUGUGGUUUCCCUUGUGAUGACGGUAAUUUUCUCUUUGGCAGUUUUUGGAAAUCACUCUCCGUGUUCUCUAUUGUAUGUAGUUGAAUCCAGCGAGUGUAGUUGUGGUUUAAUAUGUUAUUGGGAGAAUGUUGAUGAAGUUGGAGCUUCAAAUGAUGGUGGAGAUGGUUUAUGA